GGCGCGCGCGGCGCUGAGGGGACUGACCUCACCUACCCCCCACUCCCUUCCCCCUCGGUGCCGGUAUCGGUACCGGCAGGGCACGUUCCGGGACACCCGUCAAAGCUGUCUCAGGUUCCCCGAAGAGCUGGCUUCCCCGGCGCUGGGGUGCGAAACCUCUCCCUAAAAACCAAGAGUCGGGCCUACCGGUGUGAGGGGCUGCGGGGCACGAGGGGGAAAAAGUUACCUCAGAUUGUGAAGGGCGGGCGGGCGGGCGAGCGAGCGGAUGGCCGCCAGUUUGCGACCCGAAUUGUAGAGGUGUCCCAGAAAUAUGGCAGUCAAAUGGACUGGUGGACAUUUGUCCUCUAUAUUGUGCUUGAAUGUAAACUCGGAAGGGCUGGUGGCUUCAGGUGCGGAGAGAGGGGAGCUCACACUCUGGGAUGGGGGAGGUGCUCCAGCAGGACAGCUCCAGCUCCCAAAGGCAGACGACGUGACCUCCGUGGUGUUCUCUCCCUGCCAUCCCAGCAGGCUGUACACCUCCCAUGGAGAAACUAUCAGUGUGCUGGAUGUUCGAUCCCUCAAGGAGCCUGUUGAAUGCUUCCACGUGAACGAGGAGGAGAUCAACUGCCUCUCGGUGAACGAGACUGACAGUUUCUUGGCUGCGGCAGAUGACUCGGGGGCAAUAAAGGUUAUAGACCUGGAAAACAAGAAAAUCAGCCGGUCCUUGAGACACUCAAACAUCUGCUCCUCUGUUGCCUUUCGACCUCAGAGGCCUCAAAGCCUUGUUUCCUGUGGACUGGACAUGCAGGUUAUGCUGUGGAACCUGCAGAAAGCUCGACCCCUGUGGACCACAAACUUGCAGGAGUGUGAAACAGAGAAAGACAGUCCACAGUCAGCUGGCCAGUUCUUUAACCCGCCACUUGCACAUUCCCUGUCUGUUGCAUCAUGCGGCAACAUCUUCAGCUGUGGAGCUCAAGACGGUAAAGUCAGAAUAUUCAGAGUCAGUGGUGUCAAGUUUGAGCGUGAGCUGGAGUUUCAAGGCCACAGUCUGGGAGUAUCACAGGUCCUCUUCAUGCCAGAAGCAUACUGGUUGUUGACUGGAGGAAAUGAUGGGAAAGUCUUGCUCUGGGAUGUCAGCAGCGAUGUUGGAAAGCAGCAGAAAAGUCCGGCAAAAUCUCUCCAGAAAAGGAAGGCUUCCACCAGAAGAGAUGGAAAGCUCAACAAAGAGGCUUCAAAUGAACAUGCUGGAGUUUCACCAAAGCUAACCAUUGAGCACGGAGAGAAGGUGAACUGGAUCUCGUGUGCAGAGAUCAAAGGCUCCAAGAGAGUAUUGGUUGCUGAUCAGAGUAAUUCUGUGUCUGUAUAUCUAUUGCCAGACCCUUAGACAUUGAGGUGUUUAAAGAAAUUUGUGGGGGAAAACCACUUCUCAGAGCAUUUGAGAUGAGCCUGGUUACAUCCACUGACAGUGAACUGAACAGUGAAACUUGCUGCAUCCUUCGGAAUGGGAAGGGAUUUAUUUGCUGUGUACUCACGCAAGUACUCAUGAUGUAACUGGCCUCACCUUGUGUUUUUCAGCAGCUGUUGGGAUUCACUGCAACUGUUUCUUACAGGGUUGGCAGUUUGCUUCUUGGAUUCAAGCGAAACAGGUUUCAGUAGAUUUAGGUAAUAUUAGUUCAUGACUAAGCUGACAUAAUUCAAGUUGGAGGAAGAGAUUCACGCUAAUGGGGACACCCACAAUGCCUAAUGAGGACACUGAGCAGUCAUUGCCUGAGCUCCUUGCAUUUUGAACUUUCUCAGUGCUUUACUUACUCCCCCCAUUAAACUGUGUCACAGUUAGCAUAAACUGACCGUAGUGGAAAUAGAUUUGUCAUUAGUUUGUCAGCAGCUGCGUAUAAGACUGGAGAAGGAUCGACUAAUGAGUAAUCAAAUUACUUAAACAGUCAUUGUCAGCUGGAUUUUUUUCACGCUGCAGUAAGCAAAAGGGCAGGGGAAAAUGGUAACAUCUGGCUAAUGGGUCAGCUGUCUUAUGCGUUUAGUUGUUUAUUCCAUGGAAAAAUAACUAUUACACUUGCCUUAAUGCUUUGUCUCUCACUGCUCCCUUGUGCUUAUACUCACUCUAAUAUUGCCAAAUUUACGUGCUGUGCAAAAUGGUGUGAAGCAGGGUAUUAUGUACCCCUACGCAGGGGGAAUACAAGGGCCAAAGGCACCCCUCCUCCUUAGCCAGAUGCUUCCACUGUCUUCCCAAGGCUUUAGAAACACAAUGAGCAGAACUUGGCCAUUAUGGCUUGCUAGAAGCAUCUCUUCAUUUGCAAGUUGAAGGUGGAGAGAAUGUAACUAAGUGGAAAUCCUGCAGCUCUUGACAUAUUCUAUUCAUGCUGGUUUUAUCAUGGAAUGGCAAAUAAAAGAAGAAAAGCUUUUUUUUCCUCA